GUCAUAACACUCUUUAUUUGGCGAACUGUAAAAGCAGUGGAAAUUAUUUGCCCUGCCCUAUAAUAAAUAUUGAAUUGAAAUACAUAAGUAACUAUUUUUAAUUAUGUAAUUAAACAUUGUGAUUAUUUUAAGAUAUCGUAGUAGUAUAUAUCUUAGGCAAGUAAAUAACCAUGAGUAACAUUUAUAUUCAAGAACCUCCCGCACUUGGCAAGGUGCUGCUGAAAACAACCGCGGGAGACAUUGAUAUUGAGUUAUGGACGAAAGAAACCCCGAAAGCAUGUCGGAAUUUCAUACAAUUAUGUAUGGAAGGAUAUUACAAUGGCACAAUAUUUCACCGUGUCGUACCUGGUUUUAUAGUGCAAGGAGGGGACCCGAAUGGGGAUGGGACUGGAGGGGAGUCUAUUUACGGAGGCCCUUUUAAGGAUGAGUUCCACUCCCGCCUUCGGUUCAACAGGCGCGGUCUGGUCGCGAUGGCCAAUGCAGGCAAAGACGAUAACGGAUCACAGUUUUUCUUCACUUUGGCUCCAACACCGGAGCUACAGAAUAAACACACUAUAUUCGGAAAAGUUAUUGGCGACUCCAUAUACAAUAUUCUCAAGUUGGAAGACGGUCUGAUAGGCCCGGACGACCGGCCGGAGCAUCCCCACCGAGUCACCGGCACGGAAGUCUUAAUCAACCCCUUCACAGACAUUGUACCCAGGGUCGUUGAAAAGAGAGAGACAGAAGCACCGAAGAAGAAGAAAAAGAAGGAACGGCAGGGGGUUAAAAAUUUCGGUCUCCUUUCCUUCGGAGAAGAAGCGGAGGAGGAAGAGGGAGAAGCACAGGAGUACAGAGGGAAGCCGAAGUCGACACACGAUUUGCUUGAAGACCCCAAACUUAGCAAGAAAACGGCUGCCGAAUUAGAUCUCGAGCAAGAGAGUGAGAAGGAGCCGUCGUCUAUAGAACAAGAGAAAAAAAGAGAGGAGACCGCAGCCGCCGUGACGAAUAUAAGGGAUAAGUUGAGUAAGAGAGACAGGAGCCCGGAAGAAAGAGAUAGUAAGAGAAAGAAACAGGAUAGCGAGAGUGAAGAAGAGUACUAUCUGGGGAAAGAAAGAGACAUGGAGAGGAGAAAGGAAAGGGAUAGAAUAAGGGACGAAAUCAAACAGCUCAAGAGAGAGAUGAGAGGAGCCAAAGAGGAGAAGAUGGAGCCACAGCAGGAGAAAGAGGAGCCGAAAGACAUAGAAUCCAACGAGAUGUACCAGCAGUUCGUGCAGGAACAAGAGAAAUAUAAGAAAAUGAAAGAAGCCAUACCAAAGAAGGGAGCGGCGAGAAGCAGACGUUCAAAGCUAACCCGAGAUCCGAUACCAAAGAAACCUUGGGUCAAGAAUUUGUAUGAAAACCGAGAUUACCCCGACAACUACACGGACUCGAAGUUUCUAGAACAUUUGAGGAAAAAUCUCUAUAUUGAAAAAGUGACUCUAAAGGAAGCGAUACAAGGCUCAUUUCGCGUUGUGCUGCGCCUGUGCCUGUGUGUGCUAUACGGCGUUCUAUACACGUACAUGUAUAAUAAAUGGAUUCACACACACACGGUUAUUUACUCGUCGACAAUUGUCACUGUUGUGUGCUUCGGCUUGUAUGUGCGCGUGGAACGCGCGGUGUUCGUACACUGUAAGGUUGUGUUGGUGUAUUUGGUUAUUGGAUACAUACUUUCACCUAUUUUGCACACAUUGACGGACACGGUGAGCACAGAUACAAUAUACGCGUGGGCGGUUAUAAUGAUGCUCGUGCACUUGAUGUUUUUCGACUACAAUGUGCCCGCGGCUUUCGUAUCGAAGUCUUUAUCUAUUAACGCCGCCAUUUUUGCGUCGGUUUGUCUCGUUUCCCGGCUGGGCACGCCGUUCGAUGCGUUUGUUUUGUUGACGAUUUCGGUGCAGUUCUUCGUGCUGAGCCCGCGUUUAUUUCAAGUGUACUUGCACUCGAAGUUGUUUUUGAUUUUAUUUUUUUUAAUUUUGACAGUGACAGUUGUCUCACUGGCCAGCGUGUCGCGCACGCUGAUGUAUUAUUUUGUUUUAUCUGUGCUCGUUUUGAGCGGGUACUGCCCAGUUAUGUUUGUUAGGUGGCAAAAAUACAAAGAUAAUAAAUACGGGCCGUGGGACGAAGCGAUUUUGAACAAUUCUGAUGAGAUGGAUAUAUAGCGAUAUGUUUGAUUAAUUUAUUUUCUUUUUUAUAAUUAUGUUGGAGUUACGGACUGAUUUUUUAAUUGCAUUUAAUUUAUUUCAAUAGUCAUAUAUUAGUAGCA